AGACUUGAGAGGUUUCUUCGGCUUGAUGCAACCUCGCAAUCUCGCUCGCGCUCCUUCUCCUUCUCCUUCGUCUCCCUCCUCCUCCUCUCUUCGCGCUCCUUCGAUCCCCUCGCGAAUCUCUCGGUCGAGAUUCGCGUCCCGAUUCCAGAUCGCCGAACGAGUUCGUCCUCCCCCGCGUCGCGGUGAUUCGGAAGGGGCCAGGGGCUAGGGUUAGGGUUUUGGGUGCCUGCUGCGAAUGGAGGCCUCGUCGAGCCAGCCGGAGUUCGAUUACCUGUUCAAGCUGCUCUUGAUCGGGGACUCCGGGGUCGGGAAGAGCUCGCUCCUCCUGAGCUUCACCUCCGACACGUUCGAGGAUCUGUCUCCUACAAUCGGUGUGGACUUCAAGAUAAAGUAUGUUACAGUUGGAGGAAAGAAGUUGAAGCUUGCUAUAUGGGACACGGCUGGGCAAGAGAGAUUUAGAACCCUGACCAGCUCAUACUACAGGGGAGCUCAAGGGAUAAUAAUGGUAUAUGAUGUGACGCGGCGAGAGACAUUCACAAAUCUUGCUGACAUAUGGGCAAAGGAAAUUGACUUGUACUCAACUAAUCAAGAUUGCAUCAAGAUGCUGGUUGGCAACAAAGUCGAUAAGGAAAGUGAAAGGGUGGUUUCUAAGAAGGAGGGGAUUGAUUUUGCUAGAGAAUAUGGGUGCCUUUUCCUUGAAUGUAGUGCGAAAACUCGGAUAAAUGUAGAGCAAUGCUUUGAGGAGCUUGUUUUGAAGAUUUUGGAAACUCCGAGUCUUUUGUCAGAGGGAUCGGCUGGAGUGAAGAAGAACAUAUUUAAGCAGAAACCUCCAGAAACAAGUGCCGCAGCCAGCAGCUGUUGUUCCUGGUGAACAGACAAUUGUUUUCGAAAUAUCUCACAACUCAUGCUGUCUUUUGUCUUUUGGAUCGUCACAAGUUCAACCAUGUAACAGGAAUCAAUAUGUUAAUUUGCACAUGUUUGCUUGUUUAUCUAUUUACUUGAAUGUAUUUAGCCCCACAGAUUGCUUGUCUUUAAUCAAAGUCGAUGCCACGCUAUGGAUCUCUCAAUUUGUUC